CGUGUGUGUGUUCUUUACGUACAUACACAACAAUGAAAUUGUUUGCAUGCAGCAUUAACAUCUCCGCCUCGACUCGGGCAGCCCUUGCGCAACGCGAGCUGCUACUGUACACAACAAGACGCGCAGAAACCCAAGUUCCUGUCUUUGCGGAAGCGAACGAGGGACAAGGCGGUGCUGAAUGCAAUUAGCAUAUUAACUAGCGCUCGGGUGGAUGUGCACAGAUGUUAAAGGACAACGCGGUCGGAAAAAGAAAGCAGUUUUAGCGCAAGGACCGGGCUCAUUUCUUGGUUAUUCCCAGACUGCACGCCUGCCGUGGAGAUGGGGGAUAAGGCGGGCACCAGAGUUUUCAAGAAAUCCAGUCCCAACUGCAAGCUUACGGUGUACCUGGGGAAGAGAGACUUUGUGGACCAUCUGGACCAGGUAGACCCCGUAGAUGGCGUAAUUCUGGUGGAUCCCGAGUAUCUAAAAGACCGGAAAGUCUUCGUCACUUUGACCUGCGCGUUCCGCUAUGGCCGCGAGGACCUCGACGUCCUGGGCCUCUCCUUCCGGAAGGACCUCUACAUCUCCACCUUUCAGGCGUUCCCGCCGGUGCCCGAGGAGAGUAAACCCAACAGCCGUCUUCAGGAGAGGCUGCUGAAGAAGCUGGGCCAGCAUGCCCACCCGUUCUACUUCACUAUUCCCCAGAACCUCCCAUGUUCUGUCACACUCCAGCCAGGCCCCGAGGACACUGGGAAGGCCUGUGGCGUUGAUUUUGAGAUCAGAGCUUUCUGUGCCAAGUCAAUAGAAGAGAAGAUACACAAGCGGAACUCUGUGCGUCUAGUCAUCAGGAAGGUGCAGUACGCCCCUGAGAAGCCCGGCCCCCAGCCCAUGGUGGAGACUACCCGCAGCUUCCUCAUGUCGGACCGAUCCCUGCACCUCGAGGCCUCGCUGGACAAAGAGGUACACACUGCGUCUCACAGACGCACACCGUCGCACACACGCAUGCAAUCUCACACACAUGCAAUCUCACACAUGAACUGUCUGAAACACACGCACACUGUCACACACACACACACACACACACACACACACACACACACACACACACACACACACACACACACAUUGUCACACACGCACAUUGACACUCACAUACACACACUGACUUGUGUGUGUUUCCCCUCCGGGUCACUCUCUCUCUCCUCUUCCUCCUCCUCCUCCUCCUCCAGAGACGUAUCGGUGGAGCUGCCCUUUGUGCUCAUGCACCCCAAGCCCAUAGACCCCGCCAUGUCCCGCCCGCAGUCUGCUGUACCAGACCUGGACCCACCCAUUGACACCAACUUGAUAGAAUUUGAGACCAACAGCAGUAUCACCCAGGACGACGACUUCGUCUUCGAGGACUUCGCCCGUCUGCGGCUCAAGGGCAUGGUGGAUGACAAGGAGGAGGACUGCUAGGAGAGCGCGCGCACAGACACACAUAACACGCACACACAUACACAACCACACGCACGCAUUAACACACACACACACACACACGCAUACUCAAACAUCGUAUACACGGGCACAUACACAGUCCCGAGUUAUGAAACACAAGAGGAAACAUUUCACAAGUAACGCGCAUCCACCCCCCAGCGCUGGGGGCUGAUCGGCCGGCGGGGGGCCCGUGGGGGUCCGUGGGGGGGGGGGUCCGCGGGCCGAGGGGACUUCCAGCGGGCGGGUCUCUCGCCCCUGCUCGUUGCCCCGCGGCCGUUCGUUGUGCUGCCAAUGUUCUGUCUUCACCCCCCCCCCCCCCCCCCCCAUCGCCCUCUCUCUCUGUCUCUGUCUCACUCGCCCUCUCUUCUCUUCCCCGGACAGGGGUCUCUGUGGGCGGGGUGGAUUGAUUGACAGGGUGGUUGGAUUGACAGGAGGGUUUGAUUGACAGGGAGUCCCGGCCGGGCUUGUGUAUUCGGUGGAGGAUUAGGUUUGGGGAGGGUUUUCUCUUUUGGUCGGGAUUAUUAUUAUUUGUUCACAACAAGACUUCUGAAGUGUCUUAGGUCUAGUGUCUUAAGUCUUGUGUCUUAGGUCUAGUGUCUUAGGUCGAGCCAAAGCGCAAAACACAGGGGUUGGCGUCCAGGGACGGCGUCCGUGAGGAAAUGGCUUGUGUGUGUGUCCCCCCCCCCCCCUCCAUGCCACACACACACACACACACACACACUUAUGCUAAUCAUAGCCAGGGCUUUUAAUUGCAAAACAAAACAAGAAACGGGGCACCGAAACUAAUAUUGGCUCAAGUAGCCAUAUCCCGCCCCCCCUUAACCCCCAUCCUCCUUUCCGAAAAAUUGAUUCAAAUUUGCCAAUUUCCGGUCUCCAAAGAGAGCGGUGAAGCUGAUUGGGUCCUAGAAGUACUUAAGUAUUGAUCCCUUCAGGAGCCAAAAGAAAAACGUUGUUUUUAAGAUAGAGCGCGUCGAGCAGCAAGCAUUUGUGCUAAAAAAAUAAAAUGUCCAACUCUUUCUACAACUUGUCAAUUGCCGUCUUAUUACAGGAUCAAUAUAUGAAACGGUCAAGAUGAUAUUUUACAAAUCGCUAAGGACCGCUGUUCUACACAGCGACUCAUGAAGGCAGGAUGUUUUGAAGCCGGUCCGGAUGGGACAGGUGCAAGCGUUGAUUUGCAGGAUUUCACCAGCAUUCCCAUUCUGCCCUGUUUCCCAAGCGUUCCAGGCGUGCUUUCCAAGCGUUACUUUCUGUAUAAAACGAAUAGACACGUCUACUGCUGCAGCAGCCAGUCCACUAGCAUUUCAGCUGCUGUUUAAGCUCCCUCAAUAACCCACACAGACACAGACACACACACUUUUCCACCUUGUCCUCAGCCACAGUUAUAGCUGCACUUUACACCCGAGACUCUUGAGUCACCCGCUGUGGAACGGACUCUGACUGAGACGAGUGUUUUGGCUAGGGACACGCACUUCCUGGGUGCAUUAGUGGCAGACACCUGACCAGACUAGACCACGAAUAUCACGACUCGAGAUUUUCCACGAGCCGGUCCUUUUGAUCGACGGCUCACCCCGAGACCUGGACCAUCUGUGACGCGAGUAAUGCAGACCGGGUCCCCGACUCUGGUCUAAAAGGGCACACCCUCGCCGCCGCCCCCCCCCCCCCCCCCCCUCCAAAAUGCUUGCUUACAGCACAACCACCACUUUCUUUCCAUGUCCACGUUCUCCCGACCCGCGGCCCUAAAACCCGGGAUUGAGCCGAGCGUCUGAGCGGCUGCAUGAUGGCGGCUGUGGGAUGCUGCGCUAGCAUAAAGGUGAGGUUCGUGUCGGUCCGCAGGCCUCUACUGCUUCGUGUCGUGUCGUUCUCAGCAUGAAUGUCGAUAGCCGUCAGUCGUUAACAUGUUUUGCGUGGUUAUCCCUGAGAUGUACGUCUCCCCCGUGUGGCUCACACGGGCGCUGCCGUUUAGGAUUGUUUUUUUCUUCUCUCAUUGGACGAUACCCCAAAGUCUAUUCUUGUUUUAGUUUUUUUUGGUUUUAUUUGUUUCCCGAGGAAUUGAAGGAUGCUUUUUUGUUUCUUUAGUCACGUAUAUGCAUCAAUUUCCUCCCCCCCCCCCCCCCCCCCCCCUUCUUUUUUUUUUCUUUUUUUUGUAUAUCGCGCAAAGGAAGCUAGAGUCUGCCUUGUUUCACAGUCUGUUGUAAUAUAACUCCCAUUUCAUAUGCUCACGGAAAAUUUAAAAAGAAAAAGAAGAGCCUUCGGUCCGGACAGGAGGCGGUGGCUCUAGAAACAGUCACGCUUGCAUUUGCUUUAGUUUUAGUUUCGUUCUCUCUUCAGCCACAAACCACUUAGAUUUACUCAGUCUGUAACUUUAAAUUCAUAAUAAUAAUAAAAUAAAAAACCCUACGAAGUAACAGCGGGAUAAAUAUGAAGCAUGUUCUGUUUAGUUGACUUCUUCCAAGCGGUGCUGUGACGCAUACGAGCUGUGAUCGUUGUCCUCUCUAUCAUCGUACGUCUGUGCGGUUUUCUGUCGCGGCGCCUCUGCUGAGUGGACAUGUUUUGAACAAGUGCCAUGUCCACUGGCCUUUUUCAUUCUUUUUUUAUUUUAUUUCUUCGAUGCUCGCCAUUUAUGUCUGUAAACACAGGAAGUCAUUUCUGCUGAUGGGACGUAUGCCAGAAAAAAAAAAGAUAUAUGAUUAUUAUGAUUAUAUAUUAUUAUUAUUAUUAUUAUUGCUAUGAUUAUUAUUAUUGUUAUUAACUGUUAUCACCAUUAUUACUUCUACUGUAUCAUAAUUGAAACCAUGAUUAUUCUCAUAAUCACUGAAGAAAAUCAAAUGUUUUUGCCAUUUCAUUUAUUUUUAUUUUAGAUUUUUAUUUUCUAUUUUUAUUAAAGUUUAAAUGAGCUAACCUA